GGGGUGAGGCGAGCGCGCGCCGAGCUCAUGGCUGUACGCCCGCGCCGCUUCCCCGCACGCAACCGCCUCGCGCCUCCUCCUCUUCUUAAGUCUUAACGCUGCCCUCCCUCCAUCAGUCCACUCCCCUCAACCCCCCCUCCUCCUCCUCCACCGCAACGGAACCAUGGCUCUCGCGGCCGCCGCCGUUGCCGCCUCGCGCCCCUCCCCGACCGGCUUGCCCCGCCCGUUAUGCCGCGCCACCGUGCAUCCGUGCCGCCCUCGGCGGUUCCGGCUGGAGGCGAGCUUGUCGGCCUCCACGCCGGCGCCCGCGCCGGCGACAGCGGACGAGGGGGCCGCUGCGGGGACGUGCCCUGUGAUCAGGUUCGACAUGGCCGACUUCACUGUCGCCGACCGCGUCAGCGUCGGGCUCCACGGACGGUCCGAUGAGAUGAUCUUCGAGGCCACAGUGCGCGAUCCUAGCAGUGAGCUGUACGGGUCGACGGUGGUGUUGCGGCAGCUGACUAGCUCACAGGCGAAGCGGAGGGGCCGCCGCGCCCUAGAGCGAGCCACCGCCUCGCUGCCGAAGGCGCCGCUGCGCCGGGGAAGACCACCGCGGGCCAAAGCCCAGAUCGCACCCUCUCCCAGGGCGAAAGGGCCCCGCUGCCGCCGUCCUUGGCUGCGGCUCGGACUUGGCCGGCACCAGCCUCAAGCGGCGGCGAGGGGUCGAAGAUGUAUGAGGCCCGGCGGAGCGCUCGCAUUCGCCCUUGAGUCGCCCACGCGGGGCGACGCGAGGGUUGGUAUUCUUGGGAAUGCUGUUGAUUUUCAUGACAAUGACCCCAGCAACAGUGCAGUAGCAAGUAACAAUGAGAGGCGGAAAAUGAUGAUAGCAUUUGACAUGAGAUGCGCGGGCUUCAUAAUGGCAAAGAUGGUUUUGAGAGAGCUCAUGGAUUCAUCGACAUUCCAAAAAUUCAAGUCAUUCUUGAAUAAGGGGAAUGAUCCAUCAUGUCUGCGUGAGUUCCUUUUACCGAUUCUAAGCCAAAAUUCUCCAUCUGGGAAUAUUGGUCUGCAGAUGCUAGAUAGGCACUGGGGUGCUGGCUGGAAUCUUUUGGCCUUAUUACUGGCAACAAAAUCUGACAAAAGGAUAAGUUGUGUCGAUGCACUGCGUCACCCCUUCCUUUGUGGACCUAAAUGGCGUAUAAGUCCAACAGUGAAUGUCGUACGCUGGGGCUUGGGCUCUACUGCUGUCCGCCUGGCUGAAGAUUAUAUUUAUGGGCAUCAUCAGCGUAGACGGUUAGCAUAUUUCAUUGAGUUGAUGGAGGUGCUAAACCCUAAUUCAAGUACAGAGAAUUGGCUUCGCCUCCUACCUGGUCGCUGGUGCCUCUUAUACUGCACCGGAAGGCACAUCGGCCUAACACUUCGUCAGCCUAUCCCCAGAGUCUUCAUCAGUGAUGCGUUCCUCACAUUCGCCGAAGCCCCAGAAUCUGUGAAUCCCAUUUUAUCUCUGACCUCAGAUAUUGGUUUCAAAAUCAUGCCGGAAUCCGACUGGCCCCACGACAAAUCUGGAACCGAAGGAAAUCUGUCAAUUACCACAUCGGCAAGGAUAACUCCUGGGAGGAUUUACACCAAUGCCGAGGAUGGUAAAGAGAGUAGUAGCAGGAUUACAUCUUCCAGAUAUCUUGGUGGUAAAUGGGGAAAAGCCGCAAAGAUGAAGGAGCUACCAGCCAGCCUCCCCACCGCUAGCGUUAACGUGGAUGAAGACGAAGUCGACGUGUCCAUGAGUUGCGGCUCAACUUUGAACGUCAAGUCUGCACGCAAUGUGCUGCAAGAGGUCCGUACGCAGACGCCACCGGAGAUGUUCGAUCUGUCAAAGAUUGUCUGCGGUACAUACAUUGAUUCAAGGUUGAUGGUUCUUCGCGGUGUUAAUGGGUCGGCUUUACUUUUCGUUAGAUCAAACCGUACGUCUGACCCAUGAGGAGCAUAUUUGUAACCCAUUGUCUCCUGUGGCAUUCUUGUAUCUGUAGGUGUACAUUAUUCAUUUUUAGCAAGUGUACAUAAUAAAGGUUCUAGGGAAAAAAUCAGAGUGUUAUGUUAAAAAUGUACUUCCUUCGUCCCAAAAUAAGUGUCGCUGCUUUAGUACAAAAUUUGUACUAACUAGUAUUAA